UGACUUUCUUGGUGAAUUCUAUGCAUCUGUAAAGCAGCUAAGUAUCCUACUGGAGGCUUCGCCUCCCAGAAGCAAAGUGAAGACGGAUAAGCAGACAUCAGGAGCAGAGUGGCCUCUCAGUUCUUUUUGGAGGUGGAUAUCUGCUCAGACAGUAAGAAUUAUAAGAGCUCUGAGAGCUCAUUUCGAAGGAAUAAUGGAUGAACCAUCUCCCUUGGCCAAACCUCUGGAGCUGAACCAGCACUCCCGAUUCAUAAUUGGUUCUGUGUCUGAAGAUAACUCAGAGGAUGAGAUCAGUAGCCUGGUGAAGCUAGACCUACUGGAGGAGAAGGAGGGCUCUCUGUCACCAGCUUCUGUCAGCUCAGAUACACUCUCUGAUUUAGGAAUCUCUAGCCUACAGGAUGGCAUGGCUUUACACAUGAGGUCCAGCAUGUCUGGCUUGCACCUAGUAAAGCAAGGUCGAGACCGAAAGAAAAUAGACUCACAGCGAGAUUUCACUGUGGCUUCUCCAGCAGAAUUUGUUACUCGCUUCGGGGGAAACAAAGUGAUUGAGAAGGUUCUUAUUGCUAACAAUGGCAUUGCAGCAGUGAAAUGCAUGCGGUCUAUCCGGAGGUGGUCUUAUGAAAUGUUCCGAAAUGAGCGUGCAAUCCGAUUUGUUGUCAUGGUCACACCCGAAGACCUUAAAGCCAAUGCAGAAUACAUUAAGAUGGCCGAUCACUAUGUGCCAGUGCCUGGAGGACCAAACAACAACAACUAUGCGAAUGUGGAAUUAAUUCUUGAUAUUGCUAAAAGGAUCCCGGUACAAGCAGUGUGGGCUGGCUGGGGUCAUGCUUCUGAGAAUCCCAAGCUCCCUGAACUUCUUUUGAAAAAUGGCAUCGCCUUCAUGGGUCCUCCAAGCCAAGCCAUGUGGGCAUUGGGUGAUAAGAUUGCAUCUUCCAUAGUGGCUCAAACUGCAGGUAUCCCAACUCUUCCCUGGAGUGGCAGUGGUCUUCGUGUGGACUGGCAGGAAAAUGAUUUUUCAAAACGUAUCUUAAAUGUUCCCCAGGAACUAUAUGAAAAAGGUUAUGUGAAGGAUGUGGACGAUGGGCUGAAGGCAGCAGAGGAAGUUGGAUAUCCAGUAAUGAUCAAGGCUUCAGAAGGAGGAGGAGGGAAGGGAAUCAGAAAAGUCAACAAUGCAGAUGAUUUCCCUAACCUCUUCAGACAGGUUCAAGCUGAAGUCCCUGGAUCUCCUAUAUUUGUGAUGAGACUAGCCAAACAAUCUCGUCAUCUGGAGGUGCAGAUCCUAGCAGAUCAGUAUGGCAAUGCUAUCUCUUUGUUUGGUCGAGACUGCUCUGUACAGCGCAGGCAUCAGAAGAUUAUUGAAGAGGCACCUGCUGCUAUUGCUACUCCAGCAGUAUUUGAACAUAUGGAACAGUGUGCAGUAAAACUUGCCAAAAUGGUUGGUUAUGUGAGUGCUGGGACUGUGGAAUACCUGUAUAGCCAGGAUGGCAGCUUCUACUUUCUGGAACUGAAUCCUCGGCUGCAGGUGGAACAUCCUUGUACAGAGAUGGUGGCUGAUGUUAAUCUCCCUGCAGCACAACUCCAGAUUGCCAUGGGGAUCCCUCUAUAUAGAAUCAAGGAUAUUCGUAUGAUGUAUGGGGUAUCUCCCUGGGGUGAUGCUCCCAUUGAUUUUGAAAACUCUGCUCAUGUUCCUUGCCCAAGAGGUCAUGUUAUUGCUGCUAGGAUCACUAGUGAAAAUCCAGAUGAGGGUUUUAAGCCCAGCUCCGGAACAGUUCAGGAACUAAAUUUCCGCAGCAAUAAGAAUGUUUGGGGUUAUUUCAGUGUUGCUGCUGCUGGGGGACUUCAUGAAUUUGCUGAUUCUCAGUUUGGACACUGCUUUUCCUGGGGAGAAAACAGAGAGGAAGCAAUUUCAAACAUGGUGGUAGCUUUGAAGGAGCUAUCUAUUCGGGGUGACUUUCGAACUACAGUUGAAUACCUGAUCAAAUUGUUAGAGACUGAAAGCUUUCAGUUGAAUAGAAUUGACACUGGCUGGCUGGACAGACUGAUAGCAGAAAAAGUACAGGCCGAGCGACCAGACACAAUGUUGGGAGUUGUAUGUGGAGCUCUCCAUGUGGCAGAUGUGAGCCUGCGGAAUAGCAUCUCUAACUUCCUUCACUCCUUAGAAAGGGGUCAAGUCCUUCCUGCUCAUACGCUUCUGAAUACAGUAGAUGUUGAACUUAUCUAUGAAGGAGUCAAAUAUGUACUUAAGGUGACACGACAGUCCCCCAACUCUUAUGUGGUGAUCAUGAACGGCUCGUGUGUGGAAGUAGAUGUGCAUCGGCUGAGUGAUGGAGGACUACUCUUGUCCUAUGAUGGCAGCAGUUAUACCACAUACAUGAAGGAGGAAGUGGAUAGGUAUCGCAUCACAAUUGGCAAUAAAACCUGUGUGUUUGAGAAGGAAAAUGACCCAUCAGUGUUGCGCUCACCUUCUGCUGGGAAGUUAAUCCAGUACAUUGUGGAGGAUGGAGGCCAUGUAUUUGCUGGCCAAUGCUAUGCUGAGAUUGAGGUGAUGAAGAUGGUGAUGACCUUAACAACUGCAGAGUCUGGCUGUAUCCAUUAUGUCAAGCGGCCUGGAGCAGCUCUUGACCCUGGCUGUGUAAUAGCCAAAAUGCAGUUGGACAACCCCAGCAAAGUUCAGCAAGCUGAGCUUCACACGGGUAGUCUGCCACAGAUCCAGAGCACAGCACUCAGAGGCGAGAAGCUCCAUCGAGUGUUCCACUAUGUCCUGGAUAAUCUGGUCAAUGUGAUGAAUGGAUACUGCCUUCCAGAUCCUUUUUUCAGCAGCCGGGUAAAAGAUUGGGUAGAGCGAUUGAUGAAGACCCUCAGAGAUCCCUCCCUGCCUCUCCUAGAAUUGCAAGAUAUCAUGACCAGUGUCUCUGGCCGUAUCCCCCCCAAUGUGGAGAAGUCUAUCAAGAAGGAAAUGGCUCAGUAUGCUAGCAACAUCACAUCAGUCCUCUGUCAGUUUCCCAGCCAGCAGAUUGCCAACAUCCUUGAUAGCCAUGCAGCUACAUUGAACCGGAAAUCUGAACGGGAAGUCUUCUUCAUGAACACUCAGAGCAUUGUCCAACUGGUACAGAGAUACCGAAGUGGCAUUCGAGGCCACAUGAAGGCUGUGGUAAUGGAUCUGCUCCGACAGUACUUGCGAGUAGAGACACAGUUUCAGAAUGGACACUAUGACAAAUGUGUGUUUGCCCUUCGGGAAGAGAACAAAAGUGACAUGAACACUGUACUGAACUACAUCUUCUCUCAUGCUCAAGUCACCAAGAAGAAUCUUUUGGUGACAAUGCUUAUUGAUCAGUUGUGUGGCCGGGACCCUACCCUCACUGAUGAGCUGCUGAAUAUACUCACAGACCUAACUCAACUGAGUAAGACCACGAAUGCUAAGGUGGCACUGCGAGCACGCCAGGUUCUUAUUGCCUCCCAUUUGCCAUCAUAUGAGCUUCGCCAUAACCAAGUAGAGUCUAUCUUCCUAUCAGCUAUUGACAUGUAUGGACAUCAGUUUUGCAUUGAGAACCUGCAGAAACUCAUCCUAUCUGAAACAUCUAUUUUUGAUGUCCUACCAAACUUCUUCUAUCACAGCAACCAGGUAGUGAGGAUGGCAGCUCUGGAGGUGUAUGUUCGAAGGGCUUACAUCGCCUAUGAACUUAACAGCGUACAACACCGCCAGCUUAAAGACAACACCUGCGUGGUGGAAUUCCAGUUCAUGCUACCCACAUCUCAUCCAAACAGAGGGAACAUCCCCACGCUAAACAGAAUGUCCUUCUCCUCCAACCUCAACCACUAUGGCAUGACUCAUGUAGCUAGUGUCAGCGAUGUACUGUUGGACAACUCAUUCACUCCACCAUGUCAGCGGAUGGGUGGAAUGGUCUCUUUUCGAACUUUUGAAGAUUUUGUCAGGAUCUUUGAUGAAGUCAUGGGCUGCUUCUGUGACUCUCCACCCCAAAGCCCCACAUUCCCUGAGGCAGGUCACACAUCUCUAUAUGAUGAAGACAAGGUCCCCAGGGAUGAACCAAUUCACAUUCUGAAUGUGGCUAUUAAGACUGACUGUGAUAUUGAAGAUGACAGGCUGGCAGCUAUGUUCAGAGAGUUUACCCAGCAAAAUAAAGCUACCCUGGUUGAACAUGGGAUCCGGCGCCUUACUUUCUUGGUUGCACAAAAGGAUUUCAGAAAACAGGUCAACUGUGAGGUGGAUCAAAGAUUUCAUAGAGAAUUCCCUAAAUUUUUCACGUUCCGAGCAAGGGAUAAGUUUGAGGAGGAUCGUAUCUAUCGUCACCUGGAGCCUGCUCUGGCUUUCCAGUUAGAGUUGAACCGGAUGAGAAAUUUUGACCUCACUGCCAUUCCAUGUGCUAAUCAUAAGAUGCACCUGUAUCUUGGGGCAGCCAAGGUGGAAGUGGGCACAGAAGUGACAGACUACAGGUUCUUUGUUCGUGCAAUCAUCAGACAUUCUGAUCUGGUCACCAAGGAAGCUUCUUUUGAAUAUCUACAAAAUGAAGGGGAGCGGCUGCUCCUGGAAGCCAUGGAUGAAUUAGAAGUUGCUUUUAACAAUACAAAUGUCCGCACUGAUUGUAACCACAUCUUCCUCAACUUUGUACCCACAGUCAUCAUGGACCCAUCAAAGAUUGAGGAAUCUGUGCGGAGCAUGGUAAUGCGCUAUGGAAGUCGGCUGUGGAAAUUGCGCGUCCUCCAGGCAGAACUGAAAAUCAACAUUCGCCUGACACCAACUGGAAAAGCAAUUCCCAUCCGCCUCUUCCUGACAAACGAGUCUGGCUAUUACUUGGACAUCAGCCUAUACAAGGAAGUAACUGAUUCCAGGACAGCACAG